AUCCAUCUCUUCCCACCUUUUAUUUACUUUUAAAAAAGAAAACAUCAUUUGGUAGAAUUUGGUGGUUUUUGUUAUUGUUGUAAAAAUUGUAGCUUUGGGGCGGUGGAAAUGAUGGGGAAAUGCAAGAAUGUAUUGUUGCCUCUGCUUCUUCUUGUUCUUCACAUUUCAGGAUUCUUUGCUGCUCCUUCUGGACAUGGAGAAGAGGCUUUCAUUGGUGUAAAUAUAGGUACACAGAUCUCUGAUAUGCCCAGCCCAACUGACGUCGUAAGCCUCCUCAAGGACCAGCAAAUUAGGCAUGUCAGACUCUUCAAUGCAGACCAAGCUAUGCUAAAGGCGCUUGCGAAUACUGGAAUCAGCGUCGUAGUCACGAUUCCGAAUGAUCUGAUCAUAGGCAUCGGCGAAUCCAAUGCAACCGCCGCGAAAUGGGUUUCACAAAAUAUUCUGACUCAUAUACCCUCCACCCACAUCACUGCCAUCGCGGUCGGAUCCAACAUCCUUGCCACCCUUCCCAACGCUGCUCGUGUCUUGGUGAAUGCCAUGAAUUUCACCCACUCAGCCCUCGUUGGCGCUAGGCUUGACUCCCAGAUAAAAGUCUCCACUCCACUCUCGUCUGAUGUUAUCCUCGAAUCAUUCCCACCGUCACGAGCUCACUUUAAUAGCUCGUGGCUUGGAGUGAUGGAUCCCCUUCUCAAGUUUCUGGACUCCACCGGUUCAUAUCUGAUGCUCAAUGUCUACCCGUACUUUGCUUAUGUGUCAUCCAAUGGUACAAUCGCAUUGGAUUACGCUCUUUUUCGCCCCCUCCCUCCGAACAAGGACGCCAUUGAUUCCAGCACGUUCCUACACUACACUAACGUGUUUGAUGCGAUGGUGGAUGCUGCAUAUUUUGCCAUGUUGAAUCUCAGUUACUCAAACAUUCCAGUUGUGGUGACUGAGUCAGGCUGGCCUUCCAAGGGUGAACUUUCUGAGCCAGAUGCCACGCAUGACAAUGCUAACACGUACAAUAGUAACCUGAUUAGUCGUGUUCUGAAUGGCACUGGGACACCAAAGCGUCCCGGUGUAGCUGUUAGUACCUACAUUUAUGAGCUGUACAAUGAAGACAAAAAUCCCGGCCUCGCUUCACAACAGAACUGGGGGCUGUUUAAUCGCAUUGGAGUGGCAGUAUAUACCCUGCAUUUGAAUGGGUCUUGGACGAUGUUCCAGAAUGACACUAAAAAGCCGACAUUUUGUGUGGCUAAGCAAUCAGCCGACGCAGCCUUGGUUCAAUCUGGGUUAGAUUGGGCUUGUGGGCCCGGGAAAGUGAACUGCUCCCCUUUGACUCAAGGGCAGCCGUGCUAUGACCCGAACGGUUCGACGAGACUGUCGAGCCAUGCUUCAUAUGCUUUUGAUGCGUAUUAUCAUAGCCAAGGCAUGACAGACACCGAGUGCGACUUCAGAGGGGCAGCCACCCUCACUACCACUGACCCAAGUCAUGGUUCUUGUUUAUAUCCGGGGAGUGUCGGGAGAAAUGGAUCCUUAACAAAUGGGACCUCUCUUGUUCCAUCAACAAACUCUACAGACUCUGGCUGUGGAUCGCAAUACUUGCAUGAUUCCAAUGCUCUCAUCAUCAGCUCUCUUAUAGUCUGCUUCGCGUUCUGGUUGUAAAAGGAUGUUUGGCGAUGAUGUGUUGUUAUUUAUGCUGUGGAUAUAUUCUAAACUCAUUUGGAUACACACUCUCUCUUUACUAACAAACACCGCUCCCCCAUUUUUGAGGUAGCAAUGCAAAUUCAAACAUCGGCUAGCGGCUACUUUUGCGGUUAGUACGCGCUCCAUCCAUUCAUAUUUAUUUGUUCAAUCACUGAUGAUUCAUGAUAAUUUCUGUAACUAUUUCUUGAAGCGCUUCGAACUAUUUUGUACUGCACAUAAAAGUCAUUAUUGACAAUGAUUUAGUUUCGAUAAGAUAAUGGAUAAAUUGUUUUUACAUGGGUAAUAAAUCUUGACUCUCCCG